AUGGCCGACAAAGUGAAUGAGGAAUCCAGCAAUAAUCCAGGGAAAGAUGAGCUGGACUGGGGCUAUGAAGAAGGUGUAGAAUGGGGACUCCUUUACCCUGCAGCCAAUGGUGAGUACCAGUCACCCAUCAACUUGAACUCAAGAGAGGCUGAGUAUGACUCAUCCCUCCUGGAUGUUCGCCUGUCACCAAACUACGUGGUGUGUCGUGAUUGUGAGGUCAUCAAUGACGGACACACAGUGCGUAUCCUUCUUAGGUCAAAGUCAGUGGUCAGUGGUGGUCCAUUGCCUAGCGAUCAUGAGUAUGAACUUCACGAGGUUCGAUUUCACUGGGGCAAAGAGAAUCAGAGAGGAUCAGAACACACAGUCAACUUCAAGGCUUUUCCUAUGGAGCUCCAUCUGAUCCACUGGAACAGCACACUGUUUAAUUCUCUGGAAGAUGCUUUGGGGAAAAAGAAUGGAGUGCUCAUCAUUGCUCUUUUUGUUCAGAUUGGCAAAGAGCAUCUGGGUCUGAAAGCCAUCACUGAGGUUCUACAGGACUUGCAGUACAAGGGGAAGAGCAAGAUAAUUCCCUGCUUCAACCCAAACACUUUGCUGCCUGAUCCGUUAUUGAGAGACUACUGGGUUUAUAAAGGAUCUCUGACCACACCACCUUGUAGUGAGAAUGUGACCUGGAUCCUUUACCGCUACCCUCUAACUAUAUCACAAUUACAGAUUGAAGAGUUUCGGAGGCUGCGCUCACAUAUAAAAGGGGCAGAGCUGCCAGAGGGUAAUGAUGGGAUGUUGGGGGACAAUUUCCGUCCCACCCAACCACUAAGUGAUCGGACAGUUAGGGCGGCUUUCCAAUGA